CCAAGCACGCAACCAGGGAUGAGGGUUGCCAUGGCAACCCAGGAUGCAAACACCUCUGCCAAGGGCUGAGCACCACCAAAAACAUCCGUCUGUCCGGCUGCACUGGGGCGUUGUGCAGAGCAGAGCCAGCGCUGCUGGGAAGGAGCGAAGAGAGAGGGAAGCCCCAGUCCGGCACGGAGACCCCAGCACCUGCACAACAGCAUGGCUCCAGGAACCCAGUGAAGUUUUGCAGGCAGCCACAGCCCAGGGGCAGAGGAGUGACGGCGGGCACAGCCCAAGCCUCGUGGCGGUGGCAAGCAUUGGGGCCAGCAGCACAGCCCUGGAGUGGCCAUGGGGCAGCGAUGCAUGGACAAGGUGGCCUCGUUCCUCUUCGAGUAUGACACCCCCCGCAUGGUGCUGGUGCGGAACAAGAAGGUGGGACUGACCUUCCGGCUGAUCCAGCUCAUCGUCCUGGCGUACAUCAUAGGGUGGGUUUUCCUCUACGAGAAGGGCUACCAGACACAGGACAGCAUCAUCAGCUCCGUUUCAGUGAAGCUCAAGGGCCUGACACUGACCAACGAGAGCACCUUGGGUCCACACAUCUGGGACGUGGUGGAUUAUGUCUUCCCACCCCAGGGGGACAGUUCUUUUGUGGUGAUGACCAACUUCAUUAUCACACCUGGACAGAAACAAGGAACCUGCCCUGAGCUGCCGGAUGCUGGUCUCUGCAGCCGGGACAGCGACUGCAGUAAGGGGACAUACGGCCGCCAGGGACAAGGAAUCAUGACAGGCAAAUGCGUUAAUUUCAACACUUCCGUGAAGACCUGUGAAAUCUUCGGCUGGUGCCCUGUUGAAGUUGAUUACCACGUCCCCAACCCUGCCCUGUUGUCAGAAGCGGAGAAGUUCACCUUGUUCAUCAAGAACAGUAUCACCUUCCCCAAGUUCAAAGUGUCCAGGCGCAACUUAGUGGAGAGUGUCACCACACAGUACCUGAAGAAAUGCACUUACCACAAAGUCACCGACUCCUUGUGCCCUGUGUUUGACCUGGGAUACAUCGUGAAGGAAUCAGGUCAAAAUUUCAGUGUGCUGGCUGUGAAGGGCGGUGUGGUGGGCAUCACCAUCGACUGGAACUGUGACCUGGACUGGCCUGUCCAGUACUGCAAACCUGUUUACCAGUUCCACGGCCUGUACAAUGACGGCAGCAACGUUUCGCCAGGCUUCAAUUUCAGAUAUGCCAAAUACUACAGAGAAGAUGGGAUGGAAAAGAGGACGCUGUACAAGGUGUUUGGGAUCCGAUUUGACAUCCUGGUGAAUGGCAAGGCGGGCAAAUUUGACAUCAUCCCCACCAUGACCACAAUUGGCUCUGGGAUUGGUAUUUUUGGAGUGGUAAGUUUGGAUGUUUCCAGCUCUCAUAUAACUUCAUUACCCCUGGCUGUGACACCCAGGGGAUGGGCACAGGGGAAGGAGGUGACCCCAUACACCCUGUUCCUGCUGUGGGGAGUGCUGUCCUACAGAGCAUCCUGGGAUCCUGAUCCUGAUGCAAGACAUAAAAACUUCUGCAUGAUCCUAAGGGCCUCUGUCCUCUGCGACCUGCUCCUGCUGCAUUUUCUCCAAGGACGGGACUACUACAAGCAGAAGAAGUUCAAGCACGCAGAACCGGAGCCUUCAAAGUCACAUAAGAAAGAGAAGGAGCUGGACAACACGCAGUGAGAGCAUCCACACUGCCCGACAGACCUGCACCCUCUUCCUCCUCCUCCUUCUCUUCCAAAACGCAGUUGUCAUCCCCAUCACCAGCCUCAAGGCAGCAGGAGCAGUGUCCAGUGCUGGCUCACAGGAAUGCUGUGCACAGGGCUUGCUGUGACGCUGGGGCAGGUGGCACCUGCAUGGGCCACUGGGGACCUGCUCUCACUAAGGCACCCACAGGACCUCCACCAGCCUUGUGUGGGGUGCUGGACCCAUGCUGGGGUGUCCUGUACCCUAAGCCCCUGCAGCCUUGGGCAGAUCCACAUUGAGGAGAGGGGAUGGAAGGAAAGCCAGUGAGAACCAUGCUCUGUCCCUCAGCAUGGGAGAAAAAGAGUUGUUUUGUAAGAAUGUAUUUUAUUAAAAAAAAAAUAAACCUUUAGUUUUUCUACUACA